GAGGAAGCUGCGUCACGUGCGCCCGCCUGCCCCGGCCACGUGACGCUGACGCGCGGCGCCCCCUCCCGCCGCGGGCCGUUGCCGAGGGGAGGCCCCUCCCCCGCAGCGCGGUGGCGGCGGCGCCGCCGACCUAGGAGAGGAGCAGCCGGGCCGCUGGGGCCGAUGGCGGGGGACGAACGGGGCCUGCGUACCGCGUGGCCGGGUGACGGCGGGGCACGGGAAGGGCCGGGCGCUGCGCGGCGAGGGGGUGGGUAAGGGGGGCGGUGGCGCUGUUUACUGCCGCGUCACUCCCCCCUCCGCCGCUACUGUCAUGGCGACGGGGGAGGGACUGUCACGUGAGCGCGGAGGGGGCGGGAGGGGGACCGGCCCGCGUCACGUGACCGUGCGGCCACGCGUGGCGGCUUGUUCCCUCGUCACGUGAGGCGGGCCCGGCCCCUCCCCGCCCUCCCGGCGCCCCGCGGCUUGUUCCGGUCACGUGCCCACCCCUGCCCGCCCCAUGGCCCCGGCGGCGGCGGCCCGACCCCCGUAGCGCCCGCUCCCGCCCCGGGCCCCUCCUUCCGGCAGCGGCCAGCACGCCGGCCCGGAGCUGGUCUCCGCCACUGCCCGCACGGUUUUGCCCAUUUUGGGUAAUGCUUACUGUGCUUGUGAGUCGUGUCAUCCUGCUGCCACCCCUAAAUCACUGCAUGAGAAAGGAAGCACAGCAAUGAGAUAAAGCAAGAACAGCAGCGAGCUAGUGUGUUCACUCUCCCAGAAGCUCCUGGUAGCCACAAUGGCAACAUCAUCUGAAGAAGUCUUACUGAUUGUAAAGAAGGUUCGUCAGAAGAAGCAGGAUGGAGCUCUCUACCUUAUGGCUGAAAGGAUCGCAUGGGCACCUGAAGGCAAGGACCGAUUCACAGUCAGCCAUAUGUAUGCAGACAUCAAAUGCCAGAAAAUCAGUCCAGAAGGUAAAGCUAAAAUUCAGCUCCAGCUAGUAUUGCAUGCAGGGGACACAACCAACUUUCACUUCUCCAAUGAAAGCACAGCAGUGAAGGAGCGAGAUGCAGUAAAGGAUCUUCUUCAACAGCUGUUGCCCAAGUUCAAAAGGAAAGCUAACAAAGAACUUGAGGAGAAGAACAGAAUGCUGCAAGAAGAUCCUGUUUUGUUUCAGCUCUAUAAAGACCUUGUUGUGAGCCAAGUAAUCAGUGCUGAAGAAUUCUGGGCCAACCGUUUAAGCCUGAACGCAGGGGAUAAUUCUGCGGCACCUAGCAAGCAGGAUGUGGGCAUCUCUGCAGCGUUCCUGGCUGACGUUCGGCCUCAAACCGACGGCUGCAACGGUCUGAGGUACAACUUGACUUCAGAUAUCAUUGAAUCCAUAUUCCGGACAUACCCUGCAGUCAAAAUGAAAUAUGCAGAAAAUGUUCCACAUAACAUGAUGGAGAAGGAAUUCUGGACACGAUUUUUUCAGUCUCAUUACUUCCACCGGGACAGGCUCAAUACAGGCUCAAAAGACCUCUUUGCAGAAUGUGCCAAACUGGAUGAAAAAGGUUUAAAAACGAUGGUGUCCCAAGGAGUGAAAAACCCCCUGAUAGAUUUAACAGCUUUGGAUGAUAAAUCAUUAGAUGAAGGCUAUGGUGUUGCUUCAGUGGCCUCUACAUCAAAUGCCUCCAAAUCCGCUCGAGAAAGUAGCAACGCUGCCAUUAUCAAACGCUUUAAUCAUCACAGUGCCAUGGUCCUUGCAGCUGGCCUCAGGAAACAAGAAGCACAAAAUGACCAUUACAGUGAGACCAGCAGUACGGAUGGAAACUCCAGGGAUUCAGAUUUCUUUCAGCCACCAAUGAAAAAGGUGAAACUGCAGGAGGCCAUUGAAUAUGAAGAUUUAACAAAGAACGAUAGCGUUAAAACUAUUGCACUAAACUUAAAGAAGUCUGAUAGGUAUUAUCAUGGUCCAACUCCAAUUCAAUCACAGCAAUAUGCAACCAGUCAGGAUAUAAUUAAUUCUUUUAAUAGUAUUAGGCAAGAAAUGGAAGCAUAUGUACCCAAACUAACUCAGGUUCUUUCAAGUAGUGAUGCUGCUAGCACUAUUGCAGCCCUGUCACCUGGAGGAGCACUUAUGCAGGGUGGAACACAGCAAGCCAUAAACCAGAUGGUGCCAAAUGACAUUCAGUCUGAACUGAAACACUUGUACGUGGCAGUAGGGGAGCUGCUACGACACUUCUGGUCCUGCUUUCCUGUUAACACACCAUUCCUAGAAGAAAAGGUUGUGAAAAUGAGGAGCAACUUGGAAAGAUUUCAGGUUACAAAGCUCUGCCCAUUCCAAGAAAAACUUCAGAAACAGUAUUUAAGCACAAAUCUGGUAAGUCAUAUAGAAGAGAUGCUGCAGACAGCCUACAACAAGUUCCACACGUGGCAGUCCCGGCGCCUGCUGAAGAAGACGUGAAGGUGCAUGCUGUACAGGUUUGAGAGCAAACUCUGCCCUAGGGAUAGCAGUACAAGCUGGCAUACCCACAGAUCUCGGAGCUCUUGCAGGACGCCCUGCAGAGCCGUGGACUCCUGGAAACGAUGCUAACUGAACUUGCACAUGAUUUUCUUUCUUGUUCU